AUGUAUCGGAAGUUGUCUAAGUUAGAACACUCGGAAAUAAAACAACUUCUUACAGAAGCUAAUAUAGAUGUUGCAAAGCAUUACGCGACAAACAAAAAAGCACUCGCUGACUUCAUUAAAGACUAUAAUGGUGCAAUAAGUUAUGAUAGAAUUCAUGAGUUCAUAAAGCCGCAACGCGGCGAGGACGAAGUCCAUGCAAUAGCAUUUCCUUUAAAUGACAUUGCUAUUGACUUAUAUCAUAGACGUUCAGUACCUCAUGAAGUAAGAAGAGAGAUGUUUGACAUAACAAAUGCGAACGUUGGUCAUACUCGUAAAGCUCUUUCGCAUGAUGUUCGUCAAGAGAUGUUUGACAUAACAAAUGCAAACGUUGGUGAAACACGAAAGAGAGAUGACACACUGAAACAACAGAGAAGAGAGAUGUUUAAAAGUGCUAUAGAACAAGUUCGCAAAGCUAACGAUGUCAUUCGUUCCAUUGACGACAAACCAAAAGAAGGUGAGAGAUGGUUAAAGAAAGAUGAAGAGAAUAGGAAGAGAAAUGUGAAGUCAGGCAAUAGACUCAUUGACUUUAACAUCGAAGCUUUAGAUGAACCAAACAGAGACUACUUACACAAACAUUUCGGUAAGGUUUUCAUGAGACUCUUAGAGAAAAUUAAAAUAAACUCACAACAGAGAUGGAUGGUAUGUUAUAAACUUGGUGGAAAGUAUGAAUGUUCUACGUUAAACCUCAAUAAUAUUGGAACAUUACUACAUCAGCUCUUGAAGGAGAACUUUAUAUCAGAGAUAGAAGCAAAUGCUGCAGGUAUUGUUGA